AUGAGUACUGGCUCGGCGUCGACCUCCUCCCGCGCACAGCGUCCACCAUCCAUCGUGUCCACGCGCUUCAACAACCAUUCACGCGGGCACUCGAGCGAUGAACCAAGCCAGCCGCCGUCGCCCAUGACCUACUUUCCCAACCCAUCAACGUUCACCAACGACCCACAGGCCAGCUUUACGCCGUCUAUCCAAACGUCGCCGUCCAUUUCAUCCGCGCGUCUCGCUGGCUCCAUUUCGCGUUCGUCGUUUGGUGGCUCGUCCGACUCGGACCAGGAUAACACAGCACGUACACCCCGUGUUCCCGGCAACGAGCUGCAGAUUCAGCAACAGCAGCAGUUCUACUAUCCUACCCCGUCGGCACAACACGCGUCUUACCGCGCCGACUCGACCCCAGUGGCUACGUCGGCUUCCCACUCUGGCCCGGGCGCGUCGCCGCGCGGUAGCAGCUCGCGCCGCUCGGCUUCCGUGGCCACACAGCGCUCGACCUAUGGCGCAACAGGCCACCUUCCCGCUCCGGUGGGGACGACCAACACCCCAGACGCCCUGGGCCUCGUGAGCGGUCCUGGAACAACGGGACUGGGCCUCCAGACCUCGCCCAACAUUGACCCGCGCCGCAUUGCCAGCACCACGGGUAUCGUCAUUCCAGGACCUUCCUCUUCGGUGCGGCGGCGCGGUGUGGACGACCCACCAUACUCUGCUGGAUCACACCAUGCCUACUCGCAGAGCCAGCCGGUGACCGCUUCGGGCACACCCCGCUACCGCCGCGACCAGGACAACCACACCCCUGGCGCGGGGAGCUUUUCAGUCAUGGGCGGCAGCCUGCACUCGCACAUGAGCAGUGGGCAGCGGGGCAGCCAACGGCACAGUGGCAAUGGUCACCGACGCGGUAUCAGCGUCACGAGCACGCUGGCGCCUGUGAGCCAGUCGGUACCUCCAUCGUCGCCGACGGGAUCAGUGUAUCGCCGUCUCAAGCACACGGCGUCACAGAUUGGCUUUACCCGGCCGGCAACCUACGACGACCAGAGCGAAUACAACUAUGACGACGGCGAGGACGACGGCAAGCGCGCCAACGGUACACGCGUGUGGUACUCGUCGUACGUGACGAUUGACUGGCUGCACGACGCCAUCAAGGAAAGCUCGCGCAUCCGUCGCCUGCGUGCAAUGUCGCGCCGCUCCCUUCGUGGGGCACUCCUCAACUCUUGGGACCGUACCCAAGGUUGGGUCAUUGCCACCAUUGUCGGCAUCCUCACUGCCGUCGUUGCGUUUUUGAUCAUUCGCACCGAGAUGGCCGUUUUCGACAUGAAGGAAGGUUACUGCACCUCGUCGUGGGGUACCGCCAAGCGCUUCUGCUGCGCACCUCGAAGUGGCCAUGGCCACCCGGACCCUUCGCCUGGUGACGAGGAAGACUGUGGCGACUGGCUCGAGUGGGGUCAGUUCUUUGGCGGUAACAAUACCGACCCCGAGUCGUCCAUCUUUUCGGAACCCGAGUUCUGUUCGUACUUUACCAUUGCCGUCACCCUCGCCUGCACGGCGUCGGCCCUCACAUACUACCUUUCUUCAUCGGCUGCGCACUUUACUUCCAAGGACUCAGCUUUCCUGGGUCCAGCACCAGACGUUAAGAAGUCACCUCUCGCCUCUCCUGUUAUCAAGCUCCCCUCUGAGCGCCAGCCGCUUCUCGAGGUGGAGGAGAACGGUAGCGACUUUGAACCUGUCGCUGAACCCCCGCGUCCCGUCAUUUACAUGGCAGCAGGCUCGGGUAUUCCCGAGAUUAAGACGAUUCUCUCUGGAUUUGUGAUUCACGGAUACCUCGGCAUGUCGACGUUGCUCGUCAAGUCGUUUGGUCUCGCGCUCUCGGUCGGCUCUGGCCUGUCCCUCGGCAAGGAAGGUCCCUUUGUGCACAUUGCCUCGUGUAUCGCCAACAUUGUUUCGCGCGCGUUCGCCAAGUACGAGACCAACGAGGGCAAGAAGCGCGAGAUCCUUUCUGCGGCAUGUGCUGCCGGCGUGGCCGUCUCUUUUGGCGCUCCCAUCGGCGGCGUGCUUUUCUCUCUCGAGGAAGUGUCGUACUACUUCCCGCCAAAGGUCAUGUGGCGCUCGUUCUGGUGCGCUGCUGUGGCAGCCAUUACGCUCAAGGCCCUCAACCCAUACGGCAACGGCUCAAUCGUCUUAUUCGCCGUCACGUAUACAAAGGAGUACCACUACUGGGAGUUUGGCGUCUUCAUCCUUCUCGGUGUUUUUGGUGGCCUGUACGGUGCACUUUUCUCCCGUCUCAACAUUAUCUGGAGUCGCGAAGUGCGCAAGGGCACCUGGCUCGCACGCCACCCCAUCACCGAGGUCGCCCUUGUCACUGCCAUCACGACGAUUGUGUCGUUUAUGAACCCGUACACCCGCCUUGGCGGUACCGAGCUCGUCGCCAAGCUCUUUGCCGAGUGCACGGUCGACACCACGUCGUCUCUUUGCGUGGACCGCACGCUUUCCAUUGGACCCAUCAUUUCCGCUGUUGGUGGAGCGCUCAUCAUCAAGGCCACCCUCACCAUCAUUACAUUUGGCGUCGUCCUCCCGGCCGGUAUCUUCAUUCCAUCCCUCGUCAUCGGCGCGUGCUUUGGCCGUAUCGUCGGUGUUCUGCUCGAAUACGCAGAGUACCACCACCCGUCUCUCCCCAUCUUUGACGUUUGCCGUACCCAGGCGUGUGUGGUUCCGGGCAUUUAUGCCAUGGUCGGAGCCGCCGCCACGCUGGCAGGCGUGACGCGCACCACUGUCUCUCUCGCCGUUAUCAUGUUUGAGCUGACGGGUACCCUCAACUAUGUGGCGCCCGUCAUGCUUGCUGUGCUCGUUGCCAAGACUGUCGCCGACUCGCUCGAGAAGCGCGGUAUCUACGAACUGGUCAUUGAACUCAAGAAACUCCCCUACCUCUCCAACAAGGAAGAGUAUCUCUGGGGCGGAAGGCUCGUCAGCGAGGUGAUGGACAGGGACGCGCCCAUUCUGCGUGCCGACAAACCCCACACCGUGCGCGAGCUCACCGGCCGGCUCCUCGAGCUCGUACGCCUCGGCUACGCCGACGCCGGUAUGCCCGUUCUCGUCAAGGAAGCGGCUGUGGACAAGGAUGGCCGUCCGUACCCUGUUCUCCGCAUCUUGGGAUUCCUGGGUAUCAACGAGCUCGAACACGCCCUCACCGCCCUCGCCGACGAGCCCGAUGCCGUCAUGAACCUCAUCCCGGACGAGCUGGGCAUGCACUCUAGUCGACUGAGCAUCUUUUCGUUUAGCGAGAGUCACGAGGGAAGGCAUAACCCUUACGACUUGAGCCAGUACAUUGACCGGGCGCCGAUCACCGUCCAAGUCCAGUCCCCACUGGAGCUGGUGCAGGAAAUGUUCGUCAAGCUUGGCGCACGUCAGAUCCUCGUCACCGACUCGCGCGGCACGUACCGCGGUGCAGUGUACAAGAAGCAGUGGAUCGCAUUCCUCGACGAGCUCGAGCACGCUCACCUCGAGGCAUGA